UUUGUGUUGCAAGACAGAAUCAAAAACACACAAGUACAGGAAACAUCUGAAGGAAUACCCGACCUUGAAUGGGUUUGGGCCGGGGUAUACUACGUGAACAAAGUUUCUCCAACCAAGAAAAUAGAAUUUAGCAUUCAAGGCAUUCAGAGGCUGUUGAACAAUUGGAUGUAAUCACUCGUGUUUUCACCAUGGAGAAGCUGGAGAGAAAUCAUCGAAACAGGCAAGUGAUUCCUUUCCUUUUUAUGCUGCUUUGGGAUCAGGUCCUCAUGGUGCCUACUCGGUACUCUGUCUUGGAGGAAUCAGAAAGUGGCUCCUUUGUAGCCCAUCUGGCCAAGGAUCUGGGUCUGGGAGCUGGGGAGCUGGCUGCCAGGUCUGCACGGGUGGUGUCUGACCAUGACAAACAGCAAUUCAUUCUAGAUUCUGAGACUGGAGAUUUGCUUCUGAGGGAGAAACUAGACAGGGAAGAACUGUGUGGCUCUGUGGAUCCCUGUGUGCUGCAUUUCCAAGUGUUCCUAGAAAAGCCAGUGCAGUUUUUUCAAGGAGAAUUAUUGAUCCAGGAUAUAAAUGACAACUCGCCAGAAUUCCCAGAUAAAGAAUUGCUCUUGAAAAUACUGGAAAACAGCCAGCCAGGCACACGGUUUUCAUUAAAAUUAGCCCAGGAUUUGGAUGUGGGCAGCAAUGGGCUUCAACAAUACACAGUCAACCCCAACUCUCAUUUUCAUGUCCUCACUCGAAAUAAUAGCGAGGGCAAGAAAUACCCAGAGUUGGUACAGGACAGAGCCCUGGACAGAGAGGAGCAGGCAGAGCUGAGCUUAAUCCUCACAGCUCUGGAUGGCGGGUCUCCACCGAGGUCAGGAACAGCCCUGGUUCGAAUCCUGAUCAUGGACAUCAAUGACAAUGCUCCUGAGUUUGUGAACAACCCCUAUGAGGUGCAGGUCCUAGAGAGCAGUCCCCCAGACUCCCCAGUCCUGACUGUCUUCGCACAGGAUGCAGAUGCUGGCAACUUUGGGAGAGUUUCCUAUGGCUUGUUCCAAGCAUCAGAUGAAAUCCAGAAAACUUUCUCAAUAAACGAAUUCACUGGAGAAAUACGACUGAAAACGAAAUUGGAUUUUGAAAAAACUAAAUCUUACCAUGUAGAAAUUGAGGCCACAGAUGGAGGAGGCCUUUCUGGGAAGGGCUCUGUGGUGAUAGAGGUGUUGGAUGUGAACGACAAUGCCCCAGAGCUGACCAUAUCUUCACUGACCAGCUCAGUCCCAGAAAAUUCUCCAGAAACUGUGGUCGCUAUCAUCCGAAUACGGGAUAGAGAUUCUGGAGAGAAUGGGAAGAUGAUUUGUUCAAUUUCAGAUCAUGUGCCAUUCAUUUUAAAACCCUCUUACAAGAACUUUUACACCCUGGUGACAGAGAGCCCUCUGGAUAGAGAGAGCAGAGCUGAGUACAACAUCACCAUCACAGUCUCCGACCUGGGCACACCCAGGCUCACAACCCAGCACACCAUAACAGUGAAGGUGUCCGACAUUAACGACAACGCCCCUGCCUUCAGCCAAACCUCCUACACCAUGUUUGUCCGCGAGAACAACAGCCCUGCCCUGCACAUUGGCACCAUCAGUGCCACAGACUCAGACUCAGGCUCCAAUGCUCACAUCACCUACUCGCUGCUGCCACCCCACGACCAACAGCUGGCCCUCCACUCGCUCAUCUCCAUCAAUGCUGACAAUGGGCAGCUAUUUGCGCUCAGUGCGCUGGACUAUGAGGCCCUGCAGGGCUUCGAAUUCUACGUGGGUGCCACAGACCGAGGCUCUCCUGAGCUCAGCAGCCAGGCUCUGGUGCGCGUGGUGGUGCUAGACGACAAUGACAAUGCGCCCUUCGUGCUCUACCCACUGCAGAAUGCUUCUGCGCCCUGCACUGAGGUGCUGCCCAGGGCUGCGGAGCCUGGAUACCUGGUCACCAAGGUGGUGGCUGUGGACCGCGACUCUGGCCAGAAUGCCUGGUUGUCAUUCCAGCUGCUCAAGGCCACGGAGCCCGGACUGUUCAGCGUGUGGGCUCACAAUGGCGAGGUGCGCACCACCAGGCUGCUGAGUGAGCGAGAUGCACCCAAGCACAGGCUGCUGCUGCUGGUCAAGGACAAUGGAGAGCCUCAGCGCUCUGCCAGCGUCACGCUGCACGUGUUGCUGGUGGAUGGCUUCUCUCAACCUUACCUGCCCCUGCCUGAAGUGGCGCGCGACCCCGCACAGGAUGAUCCGGAUGUGCUCACGCUCUACCUUGUCAUUGCCUUGGCCUCUGUGUCUUCUCUCUUUCUUUUGUCUGUGCUGAUGUUCGUGGGAGUGAGGCUGUGCAGGAGGGCCAGGGAACCCUCUCUGGGUGGCUGCUCUGUGCCUGAGGGCCACUUUCCUGGCCACCUGGUGGAUGUGAGCCAUGCAGGGACCCUGUCCCAGAGCUACCAGUAUGACAUGUGUCUAACAGGAGAAUCUGGGACUGGUGAGUUCAAAUUCCUCAAGCCCAUAGUCCCCAACCUAAUGGUUCAGGAUACGGGAAAUCUUCACUGCAGGGAUAGCUUUGUAUUCAGCUAAGUAUAUAUUUCCCCAAGUGAUGUACAAAUGUUUUCUUUUAAGAAAUGAUCUUGUUCUUAUGAAGUUUUCCACUAGUUUAACCUACUUAUAUCUCUUACAGUGCUGAUAGUUUCUUUCUUAUUGAUAUGAACAUAUUAGGCUUUUAGUUGGACUAAAAUAUUUCAUAUUUUUCACCACAUAUGACUAUCUCUUAGUGAUUAACAUUUCCACAAGCAUAUAUAAUCCAAAUAAUAUAAGAUUUUUGAAUAUGAAACUAUCUCAGAAAACUCUUUUGUUUUUGUAUGGUUUUGUGACUUCUGCUCUUUCAUUGAAGUUUCAUCUUUUCAAAGGUAGAUUGUUUAAAAUCACUUAUGUUGCCUGGAUUUUUCUGUGUGGCUAGAAUGUAACAUAGGAACAACAAUGUGAACCAACGAGUACCGGCAGAGCUCCCAGGGACUAAACCACCAACCAAAGAGUACACAUGGUGGGACACAUGGCCCCAGCCGCAUAUGUAACCAGAGGAUUGCCUAGUCGCUCAUCAAUGGGAGGAGAGGCCCUUGGUCCUGUGAAGGCUCGAUGUCCCAGUGUAGGGGAAUGCCGUGGCCAGAAAGUGGGAGUGGGUGGGUUGGUGAGAGGGGGAGAGGGAGAGGAGAGAGGAAAGGAGGAGGGUGUUUUUCAGAGGGGAAAUCAGGAACAGGGAUAACAUUUGAAAUGUAAAUAAAGAAAAUGUCCAAUAAAAAAAUAAGGAAGUAGCAUUAUGUCGUAUUCAUUGCCAGUUUAAGCCCCCUGGAUAGCCAAGCCUUAACAUUUAAAGUGUAUAUCAAUUUACACAAAGGUUGUGACAGUUUUUGUUUGUGAGCAUCAUGCAUGCUAGUAGCUUUAUUUACUUGGUUGUGCAUGUUCUGGAAUUUUGAAGUUAUAUUUGGCAAAAAUUAAAGAGAAUGUGUAGUUUCUCAUGCGUUUAUUAAAUAAAACUGUUAAAUCACU